UUAAAAAGAAAAUAUAAACACAAAUUCCCCAAAUGAUUAUUAUGGUUCAAAUAAUACCACGGUACAGGUCGUAUUUAUGUCUUCAUUUUCUGUUACAUUGGGGAAUAUAAACUUAUGGAACUCUUACAAUUCUAAUAAUGUAGGGUCCAAUCCAAUCUUGUUAGCACGUCAAUGCUAAUGCCUACAUCACAAGGCUGUGAAAUACUAAAGUAAAGUCAUCACAUUACAUCGCGUUUUUAAUAUCAAAUAAAAAGGAUAAAAAAAAACGGAUAAACGAACAUAUAACCCUAGAGCGACCGGCUUACGUGAUGACUCACCGAUUGUUUACAGUCUGUCGUUUCACCGCCUUAUUGCAGAGGUCGCAUUGUGUAUGACUCCCGCAGUAAUCAGUAAUCACCGACAUCUGUCUUUAUUAAGCCCAUAAAAACCAAAAGUAAGCGGCACUAACGAAAAAAAAAUUGGAAAUAUAAAUGUUUAAUGUCGCCUGAAGGCCGCAUGCUCGUCAACCGCGCGCAACUAACCAAACUUAUCUGCACAAAUGUCGGAGUAAAUAUGGAGCCGGCGAACGUGUCAUCGCUCCUUUUAACGGACGAUGAGCCGGACUACGUGCUUUUCAAGGUGGCGAUCGAGGCAGCGGAACGGGGCGCGAACGUCUGGUUCAUUUCGACCGAGCCAUUCGUGGCGAUCCCCGACAACAUCGAGCAGCCCGAGAAACACGUGCUUCGCCUCAUUACGUUCAUCUACCUGAAGACGUUGGACGAUUUGGUGGAGCACCUCGACGGGACGCACGCGUGGUACAAACCGCCGUCCCUGAUUAUAUUGAAGGACGCCCAUUCGUAUUGCGGUCUCGCGGAAGAUCGUUGCGACGUGUUUAAAGCGGCCAUGUUGGCCACGGUUUUAAUCGACAGCGCCGCGUGUUGCGCAUCGAAAAGAUCUACCAAGUGUCGCGUUUUAGUUACCUGCUGGGGUUGCGUAGACGACAGCUUGCAGGUACUGUACGAUAUGUAUUUUAGCGAGGUGUUGGUCAAACGCGAGUUCGACGAUGACGAAUCCUUGCUGGUUAAGGUUAGGGACUUUUUGAGCCGCAAAUGAC